AUGGACCAUCAUUCAAAAGCAAAAGAACUUCUUCAACAACGCGACGAACUCGAUGGAAAAAUUAAAGAACUUAUGCUAGUUCUGGAGACGAAUAACAGCACUAUGGAUUCGCCACUUCUUGAUGCAGAAGGAUAUCCCCUGAAUACAAUUGAUGUCUAUGCUGUUCGUCAUGCUAGGCAUGAUCUGAUUUGUCUCAGAAAUGAUCGAGCAGCGUUAACGGAGAAAAUUGUUGUUGAAAUGGAAAACGAGAAUAAAGAAGUUUCGGGACAAACUGCCACAUCCGAGGAAAAGCCAGUUCACAGAACUUCGAAUGAACCAUUUGUCAAAAUUUCAUCUGUCGUUGAGUUAUCGCCUGCGGAUAUUGGAGGUUUCAGAAAAGACGAUUUGAUUAUUCAAUAUGGAAAUCUUCAUCAUGGAAACUUUAACGAUAUGCAAGAAGUUGCACAGAUAACUAAGCAAAGUGAAGACAAGAUCAUUCGGGUAACUGUCAUUCGCGAGAACCGCCCAGUUCGUCUUGAAAUUUGCCCAAAAAAGUGGUCGGGUCCAGGACUUCUUGGAUGCAACAUUGUUCCGAUUUCCGGUGCUAAUGUCUAAUGUGAUUUUUGUGUAAAAAAUUAUUUAUUCGCUUUUAAUUUCAACAAUCAAUUAUGCUGGUUUUUGUUUCAUAAAGUUUCAUAAAGAAU